AAGAAGAAGCAUUUUGCUGUGCAUUUCCCGUCUGCCUUACACUGCCUGUUUUGAGUUACAACUAAAGCUGCAUAAUAAUGGUGGCCAUCAACUGCACGUCCACUGAAAUUCGCUGCCAGGAGAAAUCGCGUGGCGGUCUCAGCUAUGAAGUAAUCCUAGCCGAGCCAGCACCCAAUGUGGUGGUGCCCAAGCGUCCAGUGACACCAGGUAAAAAUGUGUCAGCCGAGGAAAUCGAGCAAAAGCUGAAAGCUGCCGAAGAGCGACGUGUUUCUUUGGAGCAAAAGAAAAUGGCUGAUUUAUCCUACAAACUAUCGAAAAUCGAAGAAGCCACACGCAAAAAGGAUGAAAUCACCAAUGAGUUCAUCAAUCAGACCAAGGAAAAGUUGGAGACCAAAAUUGAGCAACAUGUUGAGAAGCGUGAAGCCAUUAUUAGCGACAUGAAAGAGAAAUUGAAGAUUCACUCACAGGAAAUUGAGAAGACACGCGAACAAUUGGAACAGCAGAAAUCCAUUGAGAAAGAGGCCAUUGAAGAGAAAUUGAAGACAGCUCAGACUUUGCGAGAUGAGAACAUCAAAAAGAUGCUCGAACGUCUUAAGGAACAUAACACAAACAAAAAAAAUCAAAUCGACGAAUUGGAAACACAAAAACUCGAGGAGAAGACCCGCAUUAUUGAAAAUAAAUUGUACACUGCCGAGCAAAAUCGCGAAAAGGAGAUACAAAAGAAAAUUGAUAAAGUUCAAAAACUUGAACGUCGCGCUGAAUUGGUGCGCCAAAACAAGGCGGCACAGCAGACGAUUUGUGAUGAUACCAACACAGCUAUUGCCUCAUCUGGUUAGAGCGUCAACAUGAACAACUAUAGCAACAAUAAUAUUUAUAAAAACAAAAACAGCACACAUACAUACUACAUAGAAAACAAUAAACAAAUACAACCAGAUUAAGAGCAAAAUAAAAUAGCAGCAACAACAACACUGAAUUUAGAAAC